AAACAUGUUAAUUUCCCGAAACUUGAGAAUAUUUUACCAAAAUAAAGGAUAUCAACUGAUUUCUCCAAGAACUGUCAGCUCAGCGUCCAGUGCAGUUGUUGUGGACAAUAUUGGUACGAUAUCACUGAUCGGCAUUAAUCGCCCAGAGAGGCGGAAUGUAGUGGAUCCGCCCACCGCAGAGAUUCUGUACAAAGCCUUUAAAGCCUUCGAACAAGACGAAAAGAGAUCCGUUGCAAUACUUUAUGGAAAAGAUGGCAACUUUUGUGCUGGAUAUGACUUGAAGGCAUUAUCCAAAGUGGAAACGCAAAUUCCGUCUAAUGAUCCAGACAACGCAGAAAUUGGACCAAUGGGACCCUCUAGGAUGGCUUUCAGUAAGCCGGUGAUAGCGGCUGUGUCUGGGUACGCGGUGGCCGGGGGGAUGGAGCUAGCCAUGAUGUGUGACCUCAGGGUCGUGGAGGAAUCGGCUAAAAUGGGGGUCUUCUGUCGAAGAUUUGGUGUUCCAUUGAUUGACGGGGGAACCGUGCGUUUGCCACGGUUGGUGGGACUUUCCCGUGCGUUAGAUCUUAUUUUGACAGGAAGGGAAAUCGGAGCCCGAGAAGCGUAUGACUUUGGUCUGGCAAAUCGGGUUGUUCCAGAUGGAAAGUCUCUUGAUGCUGCAAUAGAGCUGGCAAAAACGUUGACCAAGUUUCCUCAAAGAUGUAUGAAUACAGAUCGCUCGUCGGCCUACUACGGCGUGUAUGACGCAAAGAGCAUGAAAGACGCACUACAGUGCGAGUAUACCCAGGGGUUGAAGGUCAUAGUAGAGGAGGCCAUACCAGGUGCUCAAAAGUUUGCUCAAGGUCUUGGAAAGCAUGGUAGUUUCAACAUCGGGGAUCAAAGUGGAGGAAAGUCCAAAUUGUAAUAAUAGUCUUAAUGUUAAUUGAAGGUGUUGUUGCCUAUCAUCGGUACAAAGUGACACUUGUCCGUCUGACUGUCUGUUCCUCACUGGUGAAAAUUUAAAUUUGCAGAUAAUUCAGACGUAGAAAUCAACGUUUUCUUUGUCCGAAUCAAAGGGAAAUUGAAAUGAGAUGUGAUAGAAACAAUGAACAUGUUUAAAGUUUGUACAUGUAUAUAAUACUCAUUAAGAUUAAAUUACCAGACAAUAAAUGGUGCUUUGAUUAGGUGGCCAUGAAAACAGCCUUUUUUAUUAAAUAAAAUCUGUCAAAGAAA